AUGUGCAAUAAAUUAGAAAUAUGUGACAGAACUGUUGUUGAUUGGACAAAUUUUUGUAGAGAGUUACUAUUCGAUUGGUUAAUGAACGAACAACAGCAGCUUGGCGGACCAGGAAUUAUUGUAGAAGUAGACGAAGUCAAAAUUGGCAAACGGAAAUUUUAUAAAGGUCGCCUUGUAAAAGGACAAUGGAUAUUUGGCGGAAUAGAACGUGUUACACGCAAAGUUUUUAUUGUGCCUGUAGAAAACCGACGAUCUGAAACUUUAUUAACAUUAAUUACAAAAUAUAUUGCUCCUAGAUCAAUUAUUUAUAGUGACUGUUGGCGUGGAUAUACUGCUCUCGAAAAUGACAACAAUUAUGUACAUAAAACAGUUAAUCAUAGUGAAAAUUUUGUAGAUCCAAAUACUAAUGUUCAUACUCAAAACAUAGAAAGAUUAUGGAGAGAACUACGCAGUAAUAUUCCACGUUUUGGCACUCGAGAAUAUCAUUAUAACCAUUAUAUUGCCGAAUUCUUAUUUAAAAGAGUCUAUGCUUUCGAUAAACUUAUUGAUGCUUUUUUUGAAAUAAUGAGCAAAUUGUAUCCAAUAAAUAAUUAA